AUGAUCGCAGUCAUAAUUGACAGCACUUACCAUGGUGCAUACAAGGCUUUCAUUGUCGGGAUGGUUAGCGACUCAAAGUAAUCUAAUUAAAUGCUCGUAGCGUCUAUUAACAAUGCCAAAAUAGAUGUUUUAUCACAGCGGACGGAGCAAUUCCUGACUUUUGCUAUCGUCAGUUGGAAAGUGGCUUAUUUUUAAAAAAUUCAUCUUAAUAAUUUGUAUGCUUAGACAACACAGAUAUGAAACUGGAUUCGUUUUUUAUUUGAUUUUUUGGUUGCAUUUAAAUUUCCUUGUUAUGUGCCUUUUGGCGGCAUGAAUUAUAGAAGAGCUGGGGAUGGGGGAAAGCGGGGGGUGGGGGGUAUUGGAAUGCACGGCAGAUCUUCAAGGGGAAGGAUUUAAGGUUCAAAGUGAUACGUGUCAAAAAAUAAGUGCUUGGGAAGCAGAUCUUUUCUAGUGCACACCUCCGACAAGCUGUGUGGAGGGGAGAAUGUAAUUUCUUUUUCUGGCUUAAAUUUUAUGCUUUCAUAAUAGGAAAACACACACACAAAAUUUAACUCAUCAAUCCCGUUGCAAGCUCUGUAUGCAUAGAUCUCCUAGGAUUCUCAGUAACAAGCCAGAUAUGAUGCAGGAGCGUCGAAUCUUAGAUCUCCCACUUCUUUUAUAGUAGCAGCUUGGGUGGGGUGGGGUGAUGUCAGUGGGAAUCUCCGUUUGGAUGGAGUCGCACAGUUUGGAGGCACUCCAUGAUCCAGCUUUGCUGCUUGCGGUCCAGGUGGCCUCAGAGGCCAUGUGUGCAUAUUUCCGACGUAGACUGGUUGCCCCUUCUGAGAUAGGGUUGCUUGGCCACAAUGAUCCAUGCUCAUGCGACUUCAGGCCUGGACUUCUGUCAUGUGCUUUGUGUAGGGCUACCUGGUGAACCCAUAUUCACCUAAUUCGUAGGAGCUGCACCUGCUGCCCAUUCACUACUAGGCCCAAUAUGAAUGUUAGUGUACGAACCCAUACUACGCAAAGCAGGCCCCCCCACUAGAAAAAGAACCUCCUUCUCUCAUAUCUGCCCUAGAGCUCUGUGUUCUGACAGGGAGGCUCUCCCCAUGGUCCAUUGAUGGGCAAGGCCCAAUAUCACCGGGGGAGGGGGAGGGCCUUUUCCACAACAGUUUCCAGAUUUUGGAAUGCCAUCCCUUUGGAAAUACAACGUUCUCCUCACUGAGGGUAUUUAAAAGUCAAUUGAAAACUUUGUGUCUUAAGACAGGAGUGGUAGUACAGUACAGUGGUACUUCGGGAUGCGAAUGGGAUCCAUUCUGGAGCCCCGUUCGCAUCCUGAACAGAACGUAAGACGCGACAGUGCAUCUGCGCGUGUCGCGUUUCGUCGCUUCCAUGCAUGCGCGUGACGUCAUUUUGAUCGUCUGCGCAUGCGUAAGCGGCAAAACCCAGAAGUAACAUGCUCCAUUACUUCCAGGUCACCGCAGAGCGCAACCCGAAACUACUUAUCCUGAAGCGUAUUUAUCCCGAGGUACGAAAAGGGGCGACGACCAAGAACGCGGCGGGUCACGCGCGCGGAGCAUUGCGCAAGCAAGGGAUCCACGGCGUCGCGCAAGAGCGGCCCUCCUCAGCCCGGACACUACCUGCCCACCUGCCCGCCCGCGAGCGCGCCCCCCUACCCUUCAGCUGGCCGACAAUGGCCCAGGCGAAGGCCCGGUUCUGUCACGGGCGGAGCGGCCCGCCCCGGCGUUCAAUCACAGCAGCGGCACGAGCCCCGCCCACAAAAGUCGCUCGAAGCUCCCCGAUUCCUCCCCAUCACGUGCCGCAAUAGGAACGAGAUUUCCGCUUUGGAACGCUCUUCAUUCAAGCCCCGCCCAUCUCAUGGCAACUGCUUCUGCUCCGGGUUGGUGGUGGGCGGAGCUUGAGGGGGCUGGGCUUUGCGCCCGGCUCUGAGAGAGAGUGAGUGAGCCAGGUAGGGGCAGAGAGCUGCGAGUAUGAGUGCGUCCCCCCAGAUGUUGCGCCCGGUGCGGCCGGCCCCCCCUGCACCCUCACGCUACGCCACUGGCGUGCGCUACCCUGCUAUACUUUGGAUGAAGGACAGUCUAGGGAAGAGGCAAAAACUAAUUUUCAAAUUUUAUUUAUUUAUUAAAAAUCGUUGACCACUUGCCUUUCGGAGUGGUGCACAACAGACUCAGACAAUAAAUUCGUUCACAAAAUGCAUUCAUAUUAAAAUCCCUCAAACCAUUAAAUAGCCUGUCUAUAAAAUCACCAUCGGUUAGUAGAACAAGGACAGAGCACAGCAGCAAAACGUAAAGAGCAAGGGAAACAAAUAGCUGGGUAGAAGAGUACAUUGUAUUACAUUACAAUUAAUAUGUCACUUUUUGACCAAAAUGGCCCCAAAGCAGUGAACAAUCCAAAAGAGAAAUACAAUAAAAAUACAACAGACCAAUCAAAGAAGCAUAAAAUAGCAAAGUCACCUAACACCCAUCCAUCACACUGAAUAUACAUUUGUACACUGAAUGAAGAUAUAUUCAUUUUCUCACUACUGACACAGCUUCCAAGCAUUGUACUUAGAAGUCAGGUUAACUCAUAUCUCCACCCCCUCCACUCCUAGUCUGCUCCCAUUUCUCAUCUAGGUGUGUGCCCAUCCACAAACAGUUUCCCAAGAGAUGUGUCCUCACCCUCAUUGCAGUCUGAUGGAGUGACCAGUAGUGACCCAAAGGGGACAUUUCUCUUUGGGGCUGUCCCAGUUGUGGUGGGUCGCACGACAACAUGGUUUGGAUCGCACAACAACGUGCCUUGCGUUUUGUUUCACAGAUGCUACAGAAAUUGUGUUGAAGGCUCAAAUCUUGGCCGGAGGAAGAGGAAAAGGUGUUUUCAGCAGCGGGCUGAAAGGAGGAGUGCAUCUAACCAAGGAGUAAGUUGGGAAAUUACAGCAAUAUUAUUUGUUUUUGUUUUUUAACCCAUUCAUCUGAAUGUAUAUUUUUGCCUUUCUCUCUCCCUUUUUUAGCCCUAAAGUGGUAGGGGAGCUUGCUGAACAGAUGAUUGGAUACAAUCUCACCACGAAGCAAACUCCUAAGGGUGGUGUCAAAGUUCAGAAGGUAAGAGAGUCCCCCACCUGCAAAUCAUAAUAAAUGUUGUCAGGUGUAGCUUGAAACUAGUGGAUGCACUGCAAUAUGUCUUGUGCUGAGUGAGGCAAUUGGUCCAUCUGCCUCAGUACCGUUGACACUGACUAGCAUCGGUCCUCCAGGGUCUCAGAUAGGCCUUUCCCAGCCCUAGCUGGAGAUUCUGGGAAUAUGAAACAGUUGCCCAUCCUUUUCACAGGAAAGCUAGCUGUCUGAUGGAUGCAGGGCUGAUAUGGACUUGAUACGGUGGGAUUAUCAGGAAGAGGGCUUGAGAGUGUGAAGGGAGGCUUGGCAAAUAGAAGUUAAUAACAAGCAAUCAUCUAGCAGAAAAAGCAGGAACUAGAUUAUGCCCAAUGAAUGCUAAAUGCAAUAAGCAGAUAAUAAUAAAGCAUUCUUGACUUAAAACGUUUAUCCCAGCCUGCAGUUAACUGCUCCCUUUUAUGUGCAGAAGUCACAUUGAUUUCACUGGAUCUGUAAUAAUUGUGUGCAGGAUCGUUGCCAGGAUGUUUUAGGUGCAUGAAAAUGACACCCACUUUCCUAAAUGCAUGUGCUCUAAAAAGGGCCCAUAUCUCUCCAGUUACUGCUUAAAAACUGCCUUUGGUACACUGACAGGGAAAUGUUUCUCUUUCACUUGCAAUUGAAAUAUUGCACAUCCAUUAUUAGAUGGUUAGGCUUGAAAAGCAGGCUUUCUGCUUUUCUUCUGAAAUCGAUAUGAAAUGAAAGCCUUGUAUGUUUAGAACAGAUUAUUCAAAUGAAUGUGCACUGAAGUGCCCUUUUGAUGUUCUCCCAACCGCGUGGAAGCUGCUUAUCUGUCAAGAGCUCCUGCGCAGCUGAAAAAAAAUGUUUAAGUGACCCAACUGUGUGGGCAGUUUUUAUUAAUGACUAGUGUGGGUGAGAGAAAGGGAUGGAGAAGCAUGUUGAUGGAAUUUGCAGAUGACAUUAAGGUAGGAGGCAAUGUCAAGUAAUUUGGGAACCAACGCUGAGUAUUUUUGCAAUGAGAUGAGCCCAAAUCAGCUGGAGGGGAAUGGCGAGGGGGAAGGAUAAUGCUAUUUAUUCGUGGAUCACAAGAUGACUAUGAGCCAUCACAAGACGGCUAUCGAAAAGGUUGUUAAAGUGUCCCAAUGGACGAGACAAUAUUGACUAGACAGGGCUCCAAAGGCCAACAAUUGUUGGAGAAGAUUUGUUUUAAUGACAGCCUCAGAAGGCCAGUGAACACACUGCAACUUAGAAAAGUUAGAACGUAUUCUUAUUCACACUGGUGUAUUGUCUGAGCUUGGCUAAGGCCUUCUGAACAUUUCUGCCCUCAGUAUAGUCUAUCAGGCCUAUUUCUGUCAUGAGACACUUCUUUCCCCCUUCCCAUUCCACAGCUUGUGGGAUGAUCACCAACAUCAAGCAUGUAGAUUUGCUCCAAAGCCGUGCUCGUUAACAACUAUAAGCCAUCAAAGUGGUACCGUUUCAAAGAGGGCAGAUUCAGCCCAUUGAAUGGCAUAGAAGGGUGUUUCUGUCCUGCUGACGCAUCUGAAUUUUGUGUCUAAUUUCUCAACCAUACUUGAAGAAAGAUGAAUACAAGUUGGAACAUUAAAAGUGAAUUGCUGCUAAAAUGAUUUGGUCUGUCACUGUAAAAAACCAUUUGCUCAGACAAAAAUGAUCAUAAAUAUGAGGAGCAGAGGUUACAAGUCUGUUGAGGACACCUCAUGGAACUUGGCCAUAGAUUAAACUCAUUGCCCCGAGUCAGAUAAUUGCAAGUUCUUUGGUUCCCGUACAUGUAGAUCUCUGCUUUCCUUCAUUGGAAUGGCCAUUUCAGUACAGAAAGAAAGAAUCAGAGCAACUACUUUGACCUGUUUUCAAAAGACAUGGAGCACAAUCUAUUUCCUAUUUGAAGUCCAUUUUGCGCACUCCCUAGUCAUUGCGAAUACAUGUGGAUUUAUCCACAACAAACAAUUCCCCUUCUUUCAUCUCACCUUUCUAGCUUUCCUUGAAGCUUACAAGGACAGAAGCAUGUCAUGUUUGUUUGUUUGUUUGUUUAUUACAUUUAAAUGCCAACUUUAUCUUCCAAGGAGCUCAAGGUGGUACACUGGGUUCUCCUCCUCCCCAUUUCAUCCUCAUGAAAACCCCGUGAGGUAGGUUAGCCUAAGAGAUGGUGACUGGGCCAAGGUCACCAAGUGAGAUUCAAACUCUGGUCUCCCAGGUCAUAGUCCAGUCCUCUAACCAUUACGCCACACUGGCUGCCAUGUGCUAAAUGGCACACAGUCUCCUGUGUUAACCUUCUGUAGUCCAUGAAUUGAAUGCAUGUGUGUGUGUUUGGGGCCAUUUGGGACCACAGUAAUUAUUUUAAAAUGUUAGACAUAUUUGGCAGAUGUCAAACACUAUAAAAUUCACUCUGUAGCGAGGAUUGUGAAAUAUUGGACUUACUUCCUCUCCACCUCUAUUGCUGCCUCUGUUUUAUACCCACCCCACCGCUGCUCCCAGAAGCCUGGGGAUGUGAUCCUGCAAGUGGUAGCAAGAACCACAAAUGCAGAAUUCUCGGCAACCCAAUGAAGCUACAGUUCUGAGGCUUGCUGGGAGGGAGGAACUAGGAACAUUGUGGUUUAUGUCCUGAGUACAGAUGAUGUCCUUAUCAACAAAUGAGCUUUAGAAAGUAAAGACUUUCCUUUCCCUGAAGUAAUGCUUAAUAUGUUGGUGCAAGAUCAAUCUGUCUUAAAUAAACAGCACUCCCCUCGGCUCCUUCAGAAGUUGGCAGCUAUUUUAUAGGUUUACAUAAAAUUCUCUUACGGCCUCAUGGCAUUUGGAGAACCUGGUUAUCUGCAAAGACAGUUUCCGUUUAUCACAACUCACUACCUGUCCCUUUUCUCCAAGCAAUUAGGGAAUUAACUUUAUUAAAGUUUGAAUUAAAGAUCUGGGUGAUUAUUUUUUUUAAAAAAAGACUUCAAUGUCAUGGUAGAUCAUUGGAAGAUAUUGCACAACCUCUCAGUAAUGGGUUCUAAAUACAGGAUUCCAUUCAUUCAUUUAAAUUCAUAGCGGUCCUCAUCUUGAAGGCUUGGAGCAGAAAUAAUACAGUGCAAAGUAAAAGAGCAUUCACAAAAGCCAGUCUACACGGAUAUAUCUUGUAGAGCUCCUGAAAGAUGCUAAGAUUUCUAAGAGGUGGAAGUGCUGUCAGUAUGGCGCAGCCGCUAAAAAUGCGUUUUCAUGCCCUCUUUAUUCCUUAAUCUAGGGUAUAUAUUGAGUUGAAGCCUAUUUGAUUUUCAAAAGCAAUUGAGGGGAAGGGAUAUGUUGGCAUAUAGAUUAGAAUGCUGAGUUUCCACCUCUUCUCAAAGCAUUAGGAGAAUAAUAUAAGGCAUUACAGUGGUACCUUUGUUCUCAAACUUAAUCCAUUCCGGGAGUCCGUUCGACUCCUGAAACCAUUCGAAAACCAAGACGCGGCUUCCUAUUGGCUGCAGGAGCUUCCUGCACUCAGUCAGAAGCCGUGGAAGCCAUGUCGGACGUUCGACUUCUGAAAAGCAUUCGCAAACCAGGACACUUACUUCUGAGUUUAUGGUGUUCGGGAGCUAAUUUGUUCAACAACUAAGCCAUUCGGGAACCUUUGAUAUGGAUCAGAUCAAAGGCCUCUGAAGUCCAGAUUCCUGUUUUCCACCCUGGCCAACCAGAUACCUCUAGGAAGCCCAUGAGCAGGGCCUGUCUAUGUGCAACCGCAGAGUAAGAGGGACCAAUACAGAAAUGAUUGUUAUGAGCUGGGUGAACAUUGCAUGCCACAGGCCAGUUGUAUUCAAACAGCAUAGUGUGGUGAAGGAGACCACCGCAAGCCUGUAUAAGAGCCUAAGAAGAUCUCUUCUGGAUCAGGCCAAUUGCCCAUCUUGUCCACCAUCCUCUUCUCACAGUGGCCAACCAGUUGCUUAUGGGAAAGAAGGAACUGAGCGCAACAGCACUCUCCCCACUUGUGAUUCCUAGUAACUAGCAUUCAGAGGCAUACUGAAGUAGAACAGAGCCAUCAUAAGUAACAGAUAACACAGCAGAGGAGGAUUGCAAGGGACAAAUGGGUAUAUGCAAUGUCGUGCACAAACCACUAUUAUUAUUAUUAUUGCAAUUGUUGUUAUUAUAUUUUUAAAGAUCUGAAUUCUGUUCAGCCAGAAAUCUGUGCCUGAAUUACUGCAACAAAUUAGAGCAUACUGUAUUUGUAUUAAUUUCUUCAAAUGCCAAGGCUUUAAAAAAAUGGUUGCGUGCUUUUUUUGUUUUGAAAGGAAGGAAGGAAGGAAGGAAGGAAGGAAGGAAGGAAGGAGGUACAAAAUCUAGAUAAAAAGAGGGAUAUAUGAAGUGCUAUUUUUCAAGAAAAAGAAGUGCCAGAACUUACCACAAACACCUCCCUUGAUCUCUUAUAAUGGCAAUGAUGCCCACCUGAGAGGUGCCAGAACUGAGUUCCAGCUGAAACAAAAGCCCUUGUUAAGUGUCAGGGGAGGGAGGGGAGAGAGAGAUUCUCAGAAAUGGGAAAAUAGCAAAAACAAAUAUAUGGGAUAUCAACAAAACACUGCCAUUUGGGUUCAUUCAUAUCCCUGCUCAGCCAUAAAUACCUCACUGGGAGACCUUGGACCAGACCAGUCAUUGUUUCUCAGCCUAACCUAACUUUCACAGGAAACCCUCAGGUUUCUGAAAGAAGAAGAUGUAAGAUAAUUCUCCCAUCGUUCUCAGCUUUGGACAAAGUUAAAAUUGCCCCUUUAAAAUUUCUCUCUUAUUUUUAUUUCCUUUGAUGUAAGGGCUUGCUAAUAGGACCUAGGUAAGUAGACUGUUCCUGCAUUUGUUUCAAAUAACUUGUGAAAACGUCCCUCCUUAGUUUGUGGUAGUUUCUCCUCUUGUGCGCUCUCAUCUCCAUUGUGGGUUAUUUCCAUAAUCCUGAGGAAAAUGAAAUGGAAAGGAACUGUAUGAUACCAAUGUCCUAAUGAAGUCAUUGAUUUCUUCCGUGACGAGAGAAAUCAAUGAUGGAUUCAAGAAUGUAAGUCGAACUUCAGUGCACAUUUAUUACAGUACAAUGUGUUCUCUCUGAAUAAUGGCCACUUCCUCACUCGGAAGCCUGAAUUUCCAGCGCAGCUAACGAAAUACUGUCUCCGUUGGAUAUUGCCAGCAAAGACGUGCUAAUAAUACAUUGCCAAAUUGUACUUUGCAGGUCAUGGUGGCAGAAGCACUAGACAUUUCAAGAGAAACUUACUUUGCAAUAUUAAUGGAUCGAGCUUGCAAUGGACCUGUUCUGGUUGGCAGCCCACAAGGUGGGGUUGAUAUAGAAGAAGUGGCAGCUAAAAGCCCGGAACUCAUCUUCAAGGUACAUUUCAAAGCUUGGUGACUUAAGUUUUUAAAAAUCUUUGCACUAUUAUUAUUAUUAUUAUUAUUAUUAUUAUUUACACCAGCAAACCUUGUAUGGGAAAUUGGAGCUUCCCAUGACCCCAGCUUGAAAAUUUCUUCCAAUAUCAUGAAAAAGCAAACUUGGUGUGUUGAGUUCCUUUAGCCAGGUUCAUACAGCACACAAUAACAGGUCUAACUUGGUUUGGUUUGGUUUCAUUAGGAACAGCAAAGGGCAGCUUACUGUACAAAUGGGAAACUGUGUUGGAGAUUGUCAGCUAUGGCUGUGGUACUGGAUUGGAUCCACAUCAUUAUCUCCCAUUCCCCUGUGGACCAAGUUUGGCUGGUGGGCAGCUCUGACCCAAAUCAUGCAGGCAAAAACAUUGUUCUUUGCAAUCCCCACCAAUGAGUACAGCUGAUGGUGUCAUGUGUGGGGAAGGUGGUCAUGGCUUGCCUUGGAUGAAAUCACCUCGCUGGUCAAAUGGGGAGGACUGGAGCAUCUAACAAAGAUCCUGGUCUGGAAGUUCCCUACUGCUAAGUUACGACAUCCCUGACAACUAUCACUUCUUUUGCAGUCUUUCAACUGUGUAUGCAUCUAACUAUUACAAUACCAGUGCUCAAAUGCAGAUUGAGUUGAUCCAUUUAUUCUUUGCCGCUAUUAGAUCAGGUCCUCUGUGUGUACAGUGAAUGUGUGUGCAGGGGCCAGCUUCGCCCGCUGCUCACAGAGACCAUGCACAUAGUGGCCCACAUAGAACCCUGCCAUUUCAGAGUUUGCAGUUAUAUGGCUCGCAGUCUCCAUGCAUACAAGAUAUGUUCAUAUGGCGCAUUGCAGAAUGGGCUGUUCAUGUGCCAAACACGUUUUAUCGGAGGGGUCAGAGUUCAGGGUGCUUUGCGUGGAGAUGACCCUAGGCUGAAAUUCUGGUAUCUCCAGUUGAAAAAAUUACAGUUUGCAGAGACUUUGAAGAGUUUCGGCUACUCAGAGUAGCUUCUGGGAUAGAUAGGACAAAGUAUUGCAGAGCUUCAUGUGUUCACAGACACUUCUCCUGACAGAGGAGUGUCAUAGCAAGUCAAACGAUGACUUCCCAGGACUGCAAAUCCCUGAGAGGAGCUUAACACUCGCUCUGCUCCUUCCCAGUCCUUUUACUUUAGCUCAGCAUGGCAGCUAAGCCAACUUCCAGCUUAGCAUGUCAUCUGAACCCAAGUUAAGCCAUCUCCUCCUGGACCAAAACAAAGCUCUUAAUAUUCCACACCUCACCUGCAGCCUAAAGGGGCACAUUCUAAGAGAAUGUUUGCCACCAGAUUCUGCUGGUUUUCCAAACUAAAGAGAAUGGUCACUUUAGGUUGAACACAGUGGGGCUUACCUCUGAGGAAAAAGAAAAAUGGAGUGUUAAGGUGCCUGGCUUCCACAAUCAUAGAGGCAAUUUCAUGAGGGGAGCAUCCCAACAAACAAGUAUUGUUCCCUUAUAGUCUGAAGUGUAUUGUCCAGCUGUAGCUAUCUAUCUGGUUCUGCUCCUCUAUAAAUUAGCCUCUGUUGCCCCCUCAGCAAGAAAAUACUCUUUCGCUCCGUAGCAAUACAAAUGGUUUACUUGCUGUUAUGAAAUGCCGGUUUUCCCUCACAUUAGAGCUAGUUGUUAUUUCAUGUUACUGUACUGGAAUGCUUGAUUGUAUUAUGACCUUCUAAUAGUGGUUACUGUCUUAAAAGUAUUUAUCAUGAGACAGUCACUUAGCAACAAGGAUCCCUUUUAUAUAUUUGGUGAGCUAACGGUACAUGCAUGCAGAGUUCCAUAAUGCACAUUUGAAACGUACACAAACAGAGAAACGUUACCGGGCAUUGACACCAGUGCUCUGGUUCCUUGCCAGAACCAGUCACAAAAAUUAACAGACUAAGUAUUCAUCGAUGCCAUCUGUACAGUAAUUAAAAGUGAAAACUGGUGUCAGAUUGUCUUGUCAGCAUGCCACCCUGAAGAAUUACAUAGUUUUUUGGAGGGACUCUCUUCCCUGGCUGGCAAAGUAAUUAUAACAUACCCUAUAGGCAGCUGCUAUAGCCUCAGUCUCAGACUUUUGGCAACUUGCCACAUUUUAAUUAAUAACUUGCAAAUAUAUAUUAAGCAUUUUGGGGGUGCUUUUGAAGUUAUGGGUCUGUUUUCAAACUGAAUAUCUUAGUUCUGUUUUGUGCACUUUAUUGCAACAGGAGGAAAUAGAUAUUUUUGAAGGGGUGAAGGAUCUUCAAGCCCAACGGCUGGCAGAAAAUCUGGGAUUCAAGGGACCUCUGCAACAGCAGGUAAAUUUUACCAGGAGCAAAACCGUGACUGCAUUCAGAUGUCUGGGACCCUUUCCCACUCAGUAGUUCUCUGGAGUUCCAGGAACUUUUCAUACAUAGGGAGGAUUGCACCCAGUGUGGCAGUGACCUUGGUGGCAUCAGAGCUCAUGGGAUACCACCGCCUCUGGUUUCCUUUCUCAUUUAGGAGUUACGGCAGACAAUCGGUGUUCAAAAUACGGGUUCCAACUAAAUCAUACAGUGGUACCUCAGGUUAAGUACUUAAAUCGUUCCGGAGGUCCGUUCUUAACCUGAAACUGUUCUUAACCUGAAGCACCCCUUUAGCUAAUGGGGCCUCCUGCUGCCGCUGCGCCGCUGCUGCACGAUUUCUGUUCUCAUCCUGGAGCAAAGUUCUUAACCUGAGGUACUAUUUCUGGGUUAACAGAGUCUGUAACCUGAAGCGUAUGUAACCUGAAGCGUAUGUAACCCGAAGUACCACUGUACUUGGAGCAGAUCCUUUGAAAUCCACGGACUUAAGUUGAUUGCAAUAAUUGAUUUCAGUGGUUCAGCUCUUGAGUGUAACUUGGUUGGCUUCAUCCUAAGAAUCUAUUCUUAGAGGAUGCCUACUUGGUUUGGGAUAACAAAUAGGUAGGAUCUAGAUGUAGGCUUGCUGAGCGUACAACCGUUGAAAUAAAUGGAACUACUCUGAGCUGGACUAAGUUUGAACCCAACCCAAUAAGCCUUUCACUGCUUACUGGAAAUGACCUCCUAUUUUCUUCAGGCAUUACCUUGUAUUGUGCUUCCCUGUCCGUCUUUCCAGAAGCUCAUUCCCAGAAUUCCAUCACGUCCCAUGACCAAGAAACAGCAUCAGUGGCCCAUAUGUAGGUGAAGGGAUGGUGCUUUACUUUCUCCAGUACACAGGAAUUUUCACCAUUUGUAAUUGUUCGCAAAUCCCUGCUCCUGGGGGCAGCUUUAUGAUGAGGACAAUGCCAAGAGGUACCCCAACGGCUGUAUGUAGAGUGUACAGUGGUACCUCGGGUUACAGAUGCUUCAGGUUACAUACGCUUCAGGUUACAGACUCCGCUAACCCAGAAAUAGUGCUUCAGGUUAAGAACUUUGUUUCAGGAUGAGAACAGAAAUCGUGCUUUGGCAGCGCGGCGGCAGCAGGUGGCCCCAUUAGCUAAAGUGGUGCUUCAGUUUAAGAACAGUUUCAGGUUAAGAACGGACCUCCGGAACGAAUGUGAGGUACCACUGUACAAAAUUACAUGCAUCCACAGUAUACAAACUGUCCAUUUUUUACUCUGCAUAACAAUGGAGAUUUAUAUUAUUAUAUUAUAUUAUAUAUUAUAAUUAUAAAUUACAGUCAUACCUUGGAUCCUGAAUGCCUUGCGAGUUGAAUGUUUUGGCUCCCAAACACCACAAACCCGGAAGCCAAUGUUCUGGUUUGUGAACAUUCUUUGGAACCAGAACGUCCAACACAGCUUCCGAUUGGCUGCAAGAGCUUCCUGCAGCCAAUCGGAAGCCGCACCUUGGUUUCCGAAUGUUUUGGAAGUCGGACUUCCAAUCCGGAACGGAUUCCGUUCGACUUCCGAGGUACGACUGUAUAUUAAUUAAUUAUUUUAAUUUCAGUUCUACUCUGCCCUUCCUCCCAAAGUAGCCCAGUGCAGCAAACCAUAAAAUAACAAAUACAAUACAAAUAUAUAAACAGGUAGCACUUCAGUCUUCCACUGGAUGCUUAAGAGAAAUGUCCCUGGCCAUCCCUUCCAGGGUAGCCAAUCCUGAAAAAUCAGUGUGAAGAUGCCUGCUGAUUAAAAUGGCUCUGGAAUGCAGUGUUGAUCUUUUUGCCACUACACAGCUCUCUUCUGCAAUUUUUCUACAGAAUUUUCCCCCUGCAGUUUUCUUCAGGUUAUUACUGAAAAGCAAAAGCUUGCCAUUUUGUAGAUGGUAGAUUCUCAGCAUGCAUUUCACUCCUCUUAAAAUUUAUCAUUCAUGUUCCAAAAUGGGAGCAUGAAAAUGCAAGCCACCAGGCCUGUUUUGCAACUAGCUUAAUCUUUAUUUUACUGCUCUGGGAAGAGAAGGAUGAUAAAUUGUUUUUUUGUGAGGGGUUUUGCACAGGAUUUCCCAUAUCAUCAAAAUGCCACUUUUGUAAAACCUUUGAAUUUUUAAUACACCACUUCUAAUUAAUUUCUAUCCCAACUGUGCAAUUAACAAAUGCAUAAUCAUUAAGAUGAUUAACACCCAUUUGAAGAUUUAGCAGUAUCUUUAAUGAGAGAGAAUUAUUAUUAAAUCUUUCUAGCUUUGCAUGUUCUAGCACUUAAUUAUUAGCACAAUGCAUGAACUGCUUAACUAAACAACAGCUAAUACAUUUCUUCCCAUGUGCUAUAACCUUUGCAGUGUGAUUUACUGGAGCAUAGAAACAUAAUGGCUACAUCAGUACAAUCAAAGGUCUAUUUAAUUUGGUCUUAUCAUAAUCGUUUAUAUUCCCCAGUAGGUAGAUGCCAGAAGAAUUCUAGUUAGUACAAUAGUGAAAUUCUUCCGUUUAACAUACUGUGGAGUCCUUGUGACAAAUCUUAAUACUGCUUGACGACUGGCUUGUGGGGUGUUUUUUUGCAGGGUGGGCUAAAUUUCAGUUUAUACUAACAAUAUCCAUUAGUAUCCAAAUUAUUUCAAACAUUAAUGUGGAGAACUUUACUAUAAACAUGGUAAAUACUUCAUUUGAUAAAACGUAUGGUUAGGGAACUGCCGUUUGUUCUUCAGAUUCAAAACAUUUGGGGUUUAGUUUUGGUCGUGUGGAGCAGUUCAUUCAAAUUAGAAUUGGAUCCAUUCUUUAAAGGCCUUGACUGAUGUUCUGUGCACAAAAGUGGCUUCAGUGAGAACCAUAAGCACCGUUGGGAUGAAGUAAACUAUGAACAGCUACAAGUAGUCACUAAAUCACUUAUGGCAUCAGCAUGUGGAAUCCUUGGGCAGCCGGGAGAACCCACUGCUGAUGCCUGCCCUCCCCCCAGCUCCAUGCUUUGAGCAGCACCACAUGGCUAAACCCAGCUGCCAUUUUCAUUCCCCCCAAAUGUCCCUGAUCAUCGUACGGUUGCUCUGGGGCACUGUGGGAAAUUAACAUGGCGGUGUUCAGCCAUCUAGUGCUGUCUCCGGCAAUUACUGCUCUCCUCAAAACUCCCUAGGCCACUGGUUCUCACUUAUACAAGCCACCUUUUGUGCAGAGAACAUCAGUCAAGGCCUUUAAAGAACGGUUCUCAUUGCCUCCUCCAUCCACGUGAGGUCUGGAAGGUGGCAACAUGAGAACAGGCCUUUUCUGCAGCGUCUCCCUGUUUGUGGAAUGCUCUCCCCAGGGAGAUUCAUCUCGCACCUUCAUUAUACCGUAUUUUUUGCUCUAUAAGACUCACUUUUUCCCUCCUAAAAAGUAAGGGGAAAUGUGUGUGCGUCUUAUGGAGCGAAUGCAGGCUGCGCAGCUAUCCCAGAAGCCAGAACAGCAAGAGGGAUUGCUGCUUUCACUGCGCAGCAAUCCCUCUUGCUGUUCUGGCUUCUGAGAUUCAGAAUAUUUUUUUUCUUGUUUUCCUCCUCCAAAAACUAGGUGCGUCUUGUGGUCUGGUGCAUCUUAUAGAGCGAAAAAUACGGUAUAUCUUUAGGCACCAGGCGAAAAUGUUCCUCUUCAACCAGGCCUUAGGCUGAUUCUAUGGCCUUUUAAUUGUGCCUGUGGGAAGUGUUAUUGUUUUGUUGUUUCUGUUUUAACUAUUUAUCUGUGCUUUUAUCUUGGGAACCGCCCUGAGAUCUUUAGAUGAAGGGCAGUAUAGAAAUCAAUCAAUCAAUCAAUCAAAUAAAUUUUGAAUGAGCAGCUCCACCAACAGAGGAUGAGGCCUACCAGAGAGUACUUUGCCCAGCGUCUCUCAGCCUAGAAAGCUGCCUUACCCUGCGGCAGACCCUGAUCCAUCUAGCUCGGUCUUAAGCUGACUGGCAGUGGCUUUCAUGCAGGAGUUUUUCCAACUUUACCUGGAAAUGGCUCUGCAUUGAACCUGGCACCUUCUGCAUGCCAAGCUGAUAGGAGAUCAGCAACAUCUGGAGGGUUACCAGUUCCCCAUCCCUGCUUUAGAGACGAGCAUCCAAGGGCUAAGAUUCCCCAUGCAGUUAUUUUAUGAACAGCUUCCUCUAUGUUGUUACCAGGUCAGCAGUUUGUUUCAAGGUAGGACCACUGGAGGGAUGAUGUGGCACAUGGGGGGGGGCACAUGCUCUUUCUUCCCCAAGACAGCUACAGACAUCAGUCUGUCCAUACUUCUGUUUAGCCUUGGAGUUGGCAACCAGAGGCUAGCUGAUUCUUUUAGAGGCUUACGGUUGUUGAUGUGCAGUUGUUGAUUCCCCAAUAUAAUGACACAGAGGAACAAACUGUUAGAUAAACCAGCCCCUGUUCCGUUGCUCCCGGUUGUGGGCGAUUAUAAAAGGCUCAGCAGAUCAUGAAGUUAAUGCCGUUUCUAAAUAGUGUCCUCCCUAUUUGCUUUUUUACAAUUACAUUUAAGGAAUAUGCAGCAGUUAUUUAGUUAGUUCUGAUCGUGUGUCAAUGCGGCUUACCAGAAAACAGAUAAGCGCUGAGUUUAGAGAGCAAAGAAGCCAACUUUUCAACAAUUGUUUCUUCAGUCAGAGUUGCAUUUUGAUGCUGGGAGGGAGGGUUUAUACAUUUUCCAAACAAAUUCAGCAACUAAUCUGCAUUUGUCAGCUGCAUAUUGCUUCACAGUUUCUGAAUUUAGUCUCAUUAAGGUAAUCACUUUAACUUCAAUAUCAGCAUAAUGUAUUCAUUAUCAACUCUCAAACUUGGUUCAUUGUGCUUAAAUUAAGUUUGUUUGAAUUAAUGACACUGCUCUCUCUCUCUUUUUUUAACUACAAAGUUCUAUUUAGUGCACUGCGAAGAGUGAGCCUCUGUAAUGUUUGACGUUUCAAAUCAGCAUUCCAUUUCCUCCUGGCUAAAAUAAUCGGCCACUGAUUUAAAAGCAAUAGAUAGCAUUAGUGUUUCAUAAAGGAAGGUUAUUAUGUCAUUAACUUUUUGUAGCUGCUUUUACACUGAUGCAGAAAAUACAAACAUCUUUAGCGUCUUAAUUCAGGAUAAUUCUCUGCCCGCCUCCGCUGGUUUCCUUUUGUGUAAUUAUGCACCACUUUUUUCAACUUUAGGCUGCCGAUCAAAUUAAGAAGCUGUACAACCUUUUCCUGAAAAUUGAUGCCACUCAAGUUGAAGUGAAUCCCUUUGGCGAAACUCCAGAAGGACAAGGUACAAAAGAGAAAAAGAAAGAUUCAAAAAAGCAUAUUGAUCUAGCAGAGAAAUAGGAAUUUCUAGAUGAACUCACAUGCAUGGGAGUUCUAUACUACACCCUUGUGCCAACAUAACCUCCCUAAUUUUCGAAGAAAAUGUGCCAUGGGCACACCAUCUGCCUCUUUUCCACCAUUGUCACAUUCAAAAUCCCCACCUCCUUUCCAAGGUUUGACUGUGAUGUGUGAUUCUGCGCUCAUCGAUGCUAGACUCUUGUCCUGUUUGCAGGUUUCCUUGCAUGAGCGAGUCCUGACUCCUGCCCAAAACACGAUGACAGGGGCUCUUACAGAGAUCUUCAUUCACAUAAGUAAUGAUACAGGCUCAGCAGGUGUCAGGAGUUCAGGAGCCAGACAAAGAAGUUCAGAACUGAGCAGGAGCAACCAGGAUGCCCCAACCAAUUUCCACACCCCUCCCACCAAGCUUUUAAAGGCCAGGUCCGGUGUGCUUGUUUGCUUGGCUCUCUUGCCGUGCAAGACUGCUGAGGUUAUAAAUGCACACUCUGGGAGGGUGAGUCUGUUCCCAUCUAUGGAGAGUGGCACCUGGUCCUUGACAACAAUGCUGCGUCCUUCCCUAUGGUUUUCCCAGUAGUGAUGUAUGGAAGUGAGAGCUGGACCAUGAAGAAGGCUGAUUGCCGAAGAAUUGAUGCUUUUGAAUUAUGGUGCUGGAGGAGACUCUUGAGAGUCCCAUGGACUGCAAGAAGAUCAAACCUAUCCAUUCUUAAGGAAAUCAGCCCUGAGUGCUCACUGGAAGGACAGAUCAUGAAGCUGAGGCGCCAAUACUUUGGCCACCUCAUGAGAAGAGAAGACUCCCUGGAAAAGACCCUGAUGUUGGGAAAGAUGGAGGGCACAAGGAGAAGGGGACGACAGAGGACGAGAUGGUUGGAUGGUUUCUCGAAGCUACCAGCAUGAGUUUGACCAAGCUGCGGGGAGGCAGUGGAAGACAGGAGUGUGUGACGUGCUCUGGUCCAGGGGGUCACGAAGAGUUGGACACGACUAAACGACUAAACAACAACAGCCUCUGCCUCCUGCAGCUCAAAUGAAGCUCUACGCUCCAUGGGAGAGGCGAAAGCGGGAGAGCCUCCAUCCUUGGUUACCACAAACCCCCACUACCACCCAGAGUUCUGCUUCUGCUCCAUGAGUCUGAGCAUUCCCAAUUCUGACAGAACCACUGGGAUUGUGACAUUGAGAGGGGACCAGAAGCACGUCCCUGCUCCUCUUGCUGCAUGCGAGCACCCUAAAUGUAGGCACGCUCGUGGCUAGGGCAGUGGCUAAUUCUAAACAGAAUCGCCUUCAUAGCCAUAGCUUGAAACUCACUUUAGGCCUGCGCCUCAUCUGGCUAACAUGGCAUUGAGUUAAAGGCCAAUUAGACUCUCAACAGGAUCUUUAUCUCCCUUAACAGAUGUUUAUUUAUGGGAGGCUUAUAUACACAACUCUUCUCGUAACAGCUUCCAGCAUAGUUACUGUCACAUUUCAAGCAGCCAAAAUCUCAUUUUCCAUGGAUUUUCCGCCCUAUUGUUGCUUUACUUGAUUAUUUUCCCCAUUUCUGAUACAAUAUGUGAGUGAAACUUGUAAUGAUUCAUUUGUGUCAUAAGGAAUGUUCAGGGAUGAGAGACAAUGCAAAAAUGCAGUAGUUUCUUUCUCGGCAGACAGACAGUAUCCCAAGUCGGUCCAAAUCCCAAGAAACGUGUGGACUGGAUUGAAGUAUAAAUAGUGCAGUGCUUUUAGGGUGAACAAGCUUUUUUAAUUCUAUUUUACUUCUGAUAUUUCUGGGAAAGCUUUGCACCAUAGAUAGUCACAAAAGCAGUGUACACAACCCUCAAUGAAGAUACCCAUCAAUCAAAAUAAUUCAGCGUUUAAAACAAAACCCACAAGUAAAAACAUAAGCUGUAUUAUGCUUGCUCAUGGAAUUUCAUAAAAUGCCUGCUGAAAUGGAAAUAUCUUUGCCCAGCACCUGAAGUUCAGCAGGGAAAGGCAUAUCUGAUUGCAAAGGGGAGUUCCACAGAAUCAGGCCCACAAAGCUGAACCCUUUCUUCCUGGUGGAUGUGAACCAUAGAUCUGAUCCACUAACGGAGAAAGAAAUAUAACUGUGCAUAAAGAAACCUAAAUAAACGAGAAACCCUUAAUGGCUCAAUUGAUUUGACAUAUUUUUUCCUACGUUUUGGUUGUCAAAAUGCAGCAAGUUACCAUCAGUUGUAGUCCACACAGUUACAAGCAAAUAGCAUAAUCUUCUCCAGUAAUUUGUAUCUAACAGAUAAACCCAGUAAGGAGAACUUGCCACAUUAGUGAACAAAACAGAAUGUUUUGAGUCUUAGAGCGAAAAUCUCUGGUUACUUAAUGGCUCUCUUAAAAGCCACAGAUCUUCGGUGAUGCAGGAAAGAUACAUUUCCCUUUGCCUCAAGAUUGUGUUCCUUUGGACACACAAAAUGAAAUAUAGUAAAGUGACUUUUUUUUAAAAAAAGAGCAAAACAUCAUAAAAAUAAUUCAUUUAUAGCAACACAUGGCAAUAAUUCAGAGAUUGAAUUACAGUCAUGAUCAAGUGUGUGUUUGUUUUAUGACCGUAACACACAAUAGUCAAAUUAAACUGAAUUAUUGGGGGAAAUGAUUAAUGAUCAGAAUUUACAAAUGUUGCCUCUGUGCAGGAGCUGCUGCUCUCCCCCUCGCCUCUAAAAAAUUCCCUGCGGCAUUUUGAAUAGAUUUGUGGCACUACGAACAGAACAGUAAAAGAAACCAGAUUCAAAAAAAAAAUUGGAAAAGAAAGAUGUAUUAUUUGUAAAUUAUUGUAUUACACUUUCUAGCUGGAUUCUAGGUGUUUUGCGUUAUACUAACUGCAUGCAGAUUAGGGCUGCAGCCACACAGCAGUUUAUUCCAUUUCCCUGAUGUUUCCCUCACUGCUUAUUUCUUCAUUGUAUUUGAGCUUACACGUAAUGUAAAAGACACUUCCAGAAAACUAAUGGAAUAUGGCACACGUUUAGCACUCGUUUCCAUGUGACCUGAUUCCAGAAAAAAAAAUCCAUUUGCAGCUCCCUUAACCCAGGAAAUUGUGCGAGUAAAGUGACAAUAUUUGGGGCAGGAUCCCAGCACAGCACACUAUAUUUUCCUACCAUUUUCAUUGGGAGAUAGAAGCAUGCAUGUGCACCAAGGGAGGGGGAGAAGCCAUGUUGUUACGUGACAUAUUAAUCACUGGUGUGAAAAGUCACAUCUCCGUAACACAACAGGUAUGAGAGGAACAUUAGACAAUGGAACAAAAGUGCCAGCAUUAUAAUCAGGAAAUUCUGCCCAUGUCUGAGAGUGGAUCCUCAUCAGUUAAAUGUGAGCAGCCCCAUCGACAUCUAUGGAAAUUAUCAGCCAUACAACCAAGUGAGAUUUCAGUCUCAUGCUUACACUACUAAAUAUUUCCCAUUCCUUUCAAUGGAAGCCGACGCAUUAGAUAGUGGUGGGUUUAUUGUAUCCCGUGAUCCUGGCCUCAAUCCGGAUACAGUAGUUUGCAAUUGUUAUGUAACAUGUCACCAGGAACCUAGGAUAGUGAUCUUCGUUUACAUUAGUUUCAAGAAAGGAGAUUCCGACUGAACAUAUGGGAAAACUUUCUGGCAGCAAGAGCUGUUCUACAGUGGAACAGUUUCCCUCUGGAGGUUGUGGACUCUCCUUCCUUGGAGGUUUUUAAGAGAGGUUGGAUGGCCGUCUGUCAUGGAUGCUUUAGCUGAGAUUCCUGCACUGCAGAGGGUUGGACACGAUGACCCUUGGGUCCUUUCCAAUUCUACGAUUCUAUGAUUUCAAGACUGAUGACAGAAGCCCAUAUAAAUAUCCUGCAUUAAUAUUGGGAAUGUCAUUGGGUGUUUUCCAUCCAGAUGUGUAUCCACAUUCAGUCUAUGAGUGUGGUUAUGAAUAGGAUUUGAAUGUUCUGCUGCUUUGGAGAAAGUAGGCAAUUAGUUUACCUCCUGUAUCCCCCGCCCCCACCCCCCGCUGCUCAUUAAACCCUGGAUUAAAUUAAUAUAUAUUUUUUCCAUUGAAAAGAAAUUGGUAGUCUUCAAAGAAUGCAAAAAUAACUGUUGGUGAAAUAGGAGAACUUCACCUUAUUUAAGGCAGUAUCAUACCACUUUAAGCAAUGGUCGCUUCCCCCAAAGACUCUUGGGAAUUGUAGUUUUUAAAGAGACAUAUUAAGAGACCCCUGUUCCCUUCACAGAACAACAGUUACCAGAGUUCCCUGAGAAGUGGAAUUGACCAUCAAGCUACUCUGGGAACUGCAACUCUGUAAGGGGAAUAGGGGUCUCCUAACAAAUCUCAGCACCCUUAACAAACUACAACUCCCAGAAUAUUGGGGCGGGGGAGCCAUGCCUAUUUAAAGUGGUGUCAUAAAUGUGACCACUGUCCACGUGUAUCCUCCCACCCCCUGGAUUCUUUGGGCGAAGCCAUAACCCUAACCCUGCUGCUUUAAAUAUAUGUUACAGGUGGACCAGGGUAGAAGCAGGUACAUUCUAGAGUAGGUGAACAGGAACUGUGAAGAAGUCUGCAAGUGUUAUUGCAGUUCAUGCUUAAAUCGGAGAUUAAAAUGUCUGUCCUAGAUAGCCCCAACGACUGCCAGCGUUCUCCUUGCCCCUUAGCAUAAGCUGUUGAAUUCGCGCAUCUCUGACAGCUUCAUGUCAAUAGCAAAAGCAGAGGGAAAGCACUCCAAGAAUAGAAGCGCCGGGGCUCUCUUUGAUAUUUGUUCAGAAGAAGAAAAAAGUGCAUUUGUAUAAUCUAUCAUGUAUGUCACAAUAUUCUUUUGACGGCAGUAAAUGUUUUAUAAAUAUUAAUAGGUGGGCUUGUUUCCCUGCUGUUUUGCAAUGUUGCUCUUGUUAAUGGUGAAAGUUCUGCAGAAAUGAGAUUUCCAUGGUGACAUUAGAAAGGUCCGCCAGGAGAGUCCUGCUAGCGGUGCAGGCAUGGAUCAGGGUUUCAUAUCUCGGUUAAGAGCAAACCCUGGUUAAGGUUGGAGCCGGAAGCGGGAAGGAGAUGUUAGAAUUCCUGCUCCAUGAUUGCAGUCAUGGGAUUUUUGUCUACCACAUGACGGUGUAUGUUUUGACUCCACAAAGUGGAAAGUGACGGAGACAGGAUGUUUGUGUUACUGCGUUCCGUGAAGUGGGACUAUUGUCCUUUGUUCUUUCUCUUUGCUGUCUGAUGCUAGAGAGAGAGGGAGCCAUGUUGCAGUGCUCCGUGCGUGUUUAUAUGUAAAUAAAGUAGAUUAGCCAAAGUGCUGAGUUGCUGAGGUUUGUUACGCAAGCUGCAAAGACUGCAGAUCCCUAAGUGUGCCAAUGUCUGUUGGCAUCGGUGAUGUUCGGGCAGAAGAAAGCUUUUGAAACUCCCGAGCGAAAGACCAGGAGGGAGAGAACAUGCCAGUCGGGCAUGUGUCUGUGCCAGUGUCCUACUCAAGUGUAGCACAAACUUCUGACAGGAGAGUGCAAUCUCACGGCUCCUCAUGUGUGUGAUCUGCUUCUAAAAUUGCAGCUUGUUUAUAUUUAGCUGCUUUUUUGUUUGUUUGAUUACUUCUGUUUGAUUUUAGGUUGCAUUUCCUCUUGUUUUUAGAUCUGUCUGUUAUUACAUUGAUACCCCACCUUUCCUCCAAGAAGCUCAAGGCAUAUGUGGCUCUCCCCUUCCCUAGUUUAUCCUCCUGUUUUUCUCUGACUGUGUUUGUUUGUGCAGGAUAUAUUAAAACAAUCGCUUAAAGGCUUUAUUAACAUAAUGCAUAAGAGCUACAGCUAUUACAGAUUUGUAAUUAAACGCACGCAUUGUUACGUUGAGAACAUUUAUGGGAGACUGCUCUGUUGAGCUUCCCUUUUCUGCCCUGACUUUCAUUGUGUGUUUUCGCCACGCUGGCGUUCCACAUCUUAGUUUAAGACUCUUGACACCUGGUAGGCCUAUGGCAAAUUGAGUUUUGAUGUCUGCUGUUCUAAGUCCCUGAGGCCUGCUUCUGUAUAAUUCCGUUGGGGGGCGGGAAGUUACAUUGAUUUUGCAGAGAUCAGGACUGUGCACUCUCGUUACUGAAAAGUGUGGUGCUUAAAAAUUAUGCAACUCUAUUUCACAUUUGGAACCAACCACUCAAUAGCCCUGAUGUAUUGAUUUCAUUUCCCUUUCAUUUAGUUGUGUGCUUUGAUGCCAAGAUAAACUUUGAUGACAAUGCUGAGUUCAGGCAAAAAGAGAUAUUUGCCAUGGAUGACAAAUCUGAGAAUGAGCCUAUAGAAAAUGAAGCUGCCCAUUAUGACUUGAAGUACAUAGGCCUGGAUGGAAACAUUGCCUGUUUUGGUAAGCAAAAAUAUGUUCAUACUAUACAUUUCUGGCUUCGAUUCAAAGACCUUAUGUGUUAAAGGAUGGGGGAGGUAUUUGGAAACUGGGGGAGUUUCAAAACCAGCAUGCAAUAGGUCAUGGAGGUAUUAAGUCCAGUGAAAACCAGUCAAGAUUCUGCCAUGCAUGCAGGUCUUUGAUCAUGACUAAAGUUGUCUUUUGGAUUCCCAGCCAUGUGUUUGACAUAACCAUUAACAACCAUGGAGGCUGCAUUCAAAUAAUCUUAUCUCAGUUUAAUGAGCCAAGGUAUGAAUGAGCCUCACGGCUGCAUCUACAUCCCAUUUGCACAAGGUCCUGAACAAAACAGAAAGUUUGUAGUAAACUUGGCUUUCCCAGGAAACUAUGGUUAACAGCUUCAGAUAUUGAAGUUAAUAUCUUGGCUUGUUCUGAAGCUGUUAAUCGCAGUCUCCCAGGUUGGACGAAACAGGAAACUAUAGUUCACUGAAGACUUCCUGGUUGUUUGCCAGCUCAAAGGUUGAAAUCAAAGGCUCAUUCAUAGAUUGGCUAAUUAAGCUGCAAUAUGAUCGUCCAAACGCGGCCACUUAGUAACAUUAAAAAUGUGCGGCAGAGCUGUUCUUCACAUUUAAGCUGCAUGCAGUCAUUAUCCUUGGCAUAUGCGCGCUCUGUGAACAUCAAAGAUGCCAAAUGAUGGCGGGUGGGUGUUUUACUUACUCCACAACUGCGUUCCUGGAAUUGUCAGCCAUGUAUCCAAAAAGUUGUCAACAUUUGAAUAGAAAUGAACUCUAAAUAACGGAAGGAAAAGUAAUUGCUGCCCCAAGGAAUCUGGGCAGAAUGUUUUGACUGCAUACCCAGAACUAUCAUUUGAAUAUAGAAUCAGUGUUUUCUGUAGGGAAAACCAUAAAAGAAAAUGUGCUACAGACAAUGAAUGGGGCCUUUUUAAGGGUUCAUGCUCUUCUGCACAUGCAUAGACCUAUCCACUGGAGCAAGUCAUUAUGUUCUGGUGGACGCCAGUCCAGGCUCCUCACCCACCACCCAGGCAAGAUUUUAGAACUGUUGAGACCCCAACUAGAUGUCACUCAAGCAAUCCCUGAUCAGAAUCUUUCACUUUUUUUAAACAUUGAAACUGUCACAUGGGACUAUUAAUGGAUCAGCGGAAUGGGGAGUAGACUUUAGCUGGUUCCUCCCAUGAAUUUUCCCCAAUCUAAAUUGCCUCUCUCCCCAAGCUGCUAUUAGCAAUUUGGGGGUGGUCGUAGAUAGGUCUCUAGAUCUGUGGUUCCCAGUUGGUGGUCUGUUGACCCAGGGGGUCCGUAGCACCAUUUCUGUAACAAAAGCUACCAUAGAUAAUACCAUUUUUUUUCAAAAGCAGGGGGGUCCAUGGCUUGGCUUUAUAAAAACAGGGAGCCUAAAGUACUUUAGCUAAUUGUGAACCACUGCUCUAGAUCAUAUAAGAAUCCCCAAUGCAGCUGCUUUGUUACUAAACAACAACAAAAAGAUUGCAGGUUAAUAAUAAUAAUAAUAAUAAUAAUUGUUGUUGUUGUUGUUGUUGUUGUUAUUUAUACCCCGCCCAUCUGGCUGAGUUUCCCCAGCCACUCUGGGUGGCUCCCAAUUGAGUGUUAAAAACAAUACAGCAUUAAAUAAAGUAUGUCAUGGCCACAACCAUACCAUACAUUUAAAGCACAUGGCUUCCCUCAAAGAAUGUUGGGAAUGGUAGUCCUGUGAGGGGUAAGCUACAGUUCCCAGGAUUAUUUUUGGGUAGCUUUAUUCUUCAAAUGAAUGGUGUGGAUGUGACCCAUGCCUGGAUUGGCUCUUAGUGAGAAGCAUGGCACUAUUUUUGAGAGGGCAGGGGGAAGAUCCUCUUGAACACACAGAAUCUUCCUACACAAACCUUUGCCUUUGGAUUAUUGUCUCUUUGUUUCCUUACAUUUCUUGUUCACUUUUCUUUUGAAAAAGUUUGAUUAGGUUAAUAAUAAUAAUAAUUAUACUCCACCCAUCUGGCUGGGUUUUAAACAUUAAAAACUUCCCUAAACAGGGCUGCCUUCAGAUGUCUUUUAAAAGUAAGAUAGUUGCUUAUUUCCUUGACAUCUGAUGAGAGGGCGUUCCACAGGGCAGGCGCCACUCUGCCUGGUUUAAAUGUAAGUUAACAUUAUACUUUGGUUCCCCAGCAUGUUAAAAGCCUAACCUGAUAAACAGAACUUACAUGUGUGACCAUGUAAAUCUGGGAUCCUGCAAAAGACUGUAUUGUUUGAAAAAAGUUUCAGUGAAUGGAAAUAAAAGAUUAAAUUAUUUAUCUGGACCACUUAUAUUUACGCAAAAACUCUUAAGUGCUUUACAACAUAGCUUAAAACAUCUUAAAUAAACAAGAGAUACAACAACAACAAAACCAAACCAGGGAAUUUUUACGUUCUGCAAAACACUAUUAACAACUAGAUCAUCAUUUUUAGUAUCAAAAUAAAUAUUACACAUAAAAAUCAGUUUCAGAUAUACAAGGAAAAUUCAUAAUAAAAAUGGAAAUAAGAGCUGAACCAGUCUAUAUUUGACAUAAAGAUUUCAUUUACACUUUUUUUUAAGCCUUCAUGGGAAUUUUUUUUUAAAAAAAAUAUCUAGAGAAGUAGCUUUUUCUCCUCACAGUUUAUGGCACGUAAAUUUCCAUGCUUAAUUGCGAGAUUCAGAGAUUGUGAUAGAACAAAUUUGUAGCUUUGGUACUGAGGUCUUAAUCUAACUGGAAUUAACAUUUUUUAAAGGAUUUGUAGCUCAUUAAACCAAUAGCACCAUCAAAUUAUACGCCUAAAACAUCCCAUCCGGAUUGUAGGCUCCUGUUCAAGGAAUUUUUUUUAAAAUAAAAGCUUACUUUGUAGAGAAGCAAUCAAUUUAACAUGCCAAAGCAUUUUCUUCUCUCUUACCCAGAUGAGUUAAUGUAUUUGCAACACAGGCAACAUUUAACAUAGCAGAGGUGUCAACCAUUAAAAAAAAGAAGAUAAAAUCUAAAGCAUUGUCAUCAAAAGAAUAUCCAGUGGGAGUUUGGUUAAAAGGAGAACUGAGUUUUUAAAUAUUUUCCAACAGGAUGUUAGCUUUAUGCCAAGGUUAAUGAAAUUAGACAUGGCCCAUAAAACUGCCAGGGGAAUUAAGGGAUCAGUGGUAAGUGAAGGAGACGUUUCGUGGGGUUUCUGCUGGUUUCAGAAUAUGGUUUUUGCUCCUAAUUCCCUGGGAAAGUAUAUGCAAGUUCAGAACAUAAAACUGUGAAAACAUCAUUGUAUUAUGCACAAUUAAAAUUAUGCCUCAUUUAUUAAGUACUAAUCAAUUAAAAUUACCCUAUGAAUGGGCAUAAUUUAGCCUGCAAGUCACAUGCAGUCCCCAAGCAAGGUUUGCUCUAUGUUUUCUUCCCAGCAUCUGUCAGGGCUCCUCUCAUUUUCUAUACAAAACCAGUGGGGAGCCUGCAACAGAACAUUGCAGUAUAUUUCCCGACUCUAAAAGGGACUGUUCCUCUUCAGCCAGCCUGGAACAGGAACCUUGUGCCACUGUUUCGGACUUCUUAGCACCCCAUUUUCCCCACCCCACCAUACUAUUUUGGGCCUUGAAUCUAGUGGUGCAGCUAGAGUUGAACCAUGAGGCCAAAGUCCACUCAGAGAACGGCAAUUGGAGAGUCAACAGCAAACAGGCCCAACGGUGUCAGCUGGGCCUACUUGGGCUCUCACUGGUUACCACAGCAUUCUUUCUGCUUUUUUAAAAAAGUAUUUGAUAUGAUUUGAUUUAUUAUAUUUUUAUGUCAUUUUUCAUUCAAAUUAAUCCCAAAACAACUUACAAACGAAUAAUAAUAUGCUUUAUAGUCAGGUUUGUCUGGCCAGACACAUACAUGGCGACCUUCACAUACAUAAAAUGAUGAAAUCUGGUAUUUUAGCAAAGCUGCGGUCGUGGCAGAGGUUUGUCCUGCCCUCCACAAUCAAAUGGUAGCAAGAUAGAAAGGACUUGGUUUAUAGCAUUCCUAGCAAACCCAGAACUUCCCUUUUCAGACAGUUGUAUUUUCUCAUUGUGUGGCUGUCCUGAAAGGCCCACUUUAAAAAGCAAAGGGGGGGGGGACACGCUUUAAUUUACAAAUGUAUUUACUUAGAUAUGGUAAGGUGUCCUUCAAGUAUUUUUCAAACCACUUCCUUCAUUUGGGUUGUUCCAUUUUGCUUUCAAACUGAUAGGCACCUGAACCACUCGAAUUUAAGGCUUGGUGACUUUCUGUCUGAUUUAAAUCACAUCCCACCCUGUCUCUUUGAUGUAGAGUCAGUGUGGUGUGGUGGUUAGAGCGUUGGACUAUGAUCUGGGAGACCAGGGUUCAGUUCCUCGCUCAGCCAUGGAGCUCACUGGGUGACCUUGGACUGGUCGCUGCCUCUCAGCCUAACCUACCUCACAGGGUUGUUUGUGGGGAAUAAAUGAGGAGGUGGAGAACCACAUAUACUACCUUGAGCUCCUCGGGGGAAAAGAGAGGAUAUAAAUAAAAUAAAAUAAACAAACAAACUUCAGCUAGCAUUUUAAGGCACCUCCCAUUUUGUGCUCCUCUUUUUCAACACUCUGUACCACAGUGCUCCCUCUAACUCUUCUUAAAGAAUGCAUAUAUUUUACCAGGGGGGUGGGAGAAGUACACUUGCAAAUAGGUAAAGGUAAAGGGACCCCUGACCAUUAGGUCCAGUCGUGGCCGACUCUGGGGUUGUGGCGCUCAUCUCGCUUUAUUGGACGAGGGAGCUGGCGUACAGCUUCCGGGUCAUGUAGCCAGCAUGACUAAGCCGCUUCUGGCGAACCAGAGCAGCGCACAGAAACACCGUUUACCUUCCCGCCGGAGCGGUACCUAUUUAUCUACUUGAACUUUGCCGUGCUUUCGAACUGCUAGGUUGGCAGGAGCUGGGACUGAACUCACCCCAUCACGGGGAUUUGAACCGCCAACCUUUUGAUCGGCAAGUCCUAGGCUCUAUGGUUUAACCCACAGCGCCACCUGUGUCCCUACACUUGCAAAUAGUGCUGCUCUAUUUCUAGAGAUAAAUGGCAACUGCAGCAGAGAGCAGGAAGUUGCUGUGUGGCCUUUCUUUCUGACACACACACACACCUACACCCCCCCCCCAAUAGUGAAACGUGUCUUAGUCCAUUUAGUUCUGCAUAAUCACUGGGGAAAAAUGAAUCAAUAAAUAGCAGUCAAAGAAUGCCAGACACCAAAUAUUGCUGAUGUCUUCUUUGUAUCCAUGUGCAUUAAACCUGAAAGUCCGUCUCUUUUACACUGUUCCCUGCUCUCUCUCUCUCUCUCUUUAUUGUAUUAUUAGUUACAGCGUUUUUUCCUACCACUCUUAAAUGGUAACUUAUCUGGGUAGCGGUAGUGGCACUUUCUAAACGACAUCCCUACGAGUCUGCAUCUCGCCAUUUUAAAAUGCACAACUCUGAUUCUCUUAAUUGCAGUCAAUGGCGCUGGGCUUGCUAUGGCAACGUGCGAUAUCAUUUCCCUUAAUGGCGGAAAGCCUGCCAACUUCCUGGAUCUUGGUGGAGGCGUGAAAGAAGCACAAGUAUAUCAAGCAUUCAAACUGCUCACCGCUGAUCCCAAGGUAAAACCUGUUGACUCCUUACAGACGCUUUCUCGAUGCACUCGUAUGUUUGUCUUCAUAAAGCCAAAAAGUGUGCACUGA